UCUUAGUUUCAUUUGUUUUCCCAAAUUUUCAGGAUCCCCCUCUCCCUCCCAGAUUCUCUUUUCUCCAAUUCUGUUCUUGAAGCAAUCCAUUAAUCAUGGCGAACGCGGCUUCUGGAAUGGCUGUGAGUGACGAAUGCAAGCUGAAGUUUCUGGAGUUAAAAUCGAAAAGGAACUAUCGAUACAUUACCUACAAAAUCGAAGAUCAACAGGUGAUUGUUGAUAAGAUUGGUGGUCAUGAACAGACCUAUGAGGAUUUCACAAGUUCUCUUCCUGCUGAUGAAUGCCGCUACGCUGUCUUUGACUUUGACUUCACGACUGAUGAAAACUGCCAGAAAAGCAAAAUAUUCUUCAUUGCCUGGUCACCAGAUACAUCAAGGGUGAGAAUGAAGAUGGUGUAUGCAAGCUCGAAAGACAGAUUCAAGAGAGAACUUGAUGGAAUCCAAGUUGAGUUGCAAGCCACGGAUCCUAGCGAGAUGAGCCUCGACAUCGUAAAAUCACGAGCAAUCUGAAUAAUGUUCCUCUACGAGGAAUCUUAAUUUCGUUUGAUGAGUUUUGAUUUACUGCAUAUGCAUGAAUAUUGUCAUUUUGUUUUCUCUCUUUCCUUGUUAAUUUUUGUCUAUUUUCUUUCACUGAAAAGAAUUCUCAUCAAUGUUGUAGUGUAGUGUAAUGUUACUAUUAAUUU